ACAAUAAAUAAUAUUAUUUGAUUAUUUUUAGUAUUGUAAAUCAGUUACGAAAGAUAAAAUGGCUCUGAUUACUAAAAUUGCUGGCAGAAAUUCAAUUCACUUUUCGAUUCGAGUGAUAGGAAGCCGAUUUCAAAGUACUCGGCAUGAGCACGAUACCGAAAAUCACAACGAUGAUGAACCAUUUCCUGUUUUGAACUUUAAACAAGUUAGAUCACAACGGGUAGCGCGGCAAAAAACCUUUAGACCGGAAGUUCCUCCCCCUAGGUCACAACAGAUGGCAACCGAUCAGGACUGGGGCGCUGUUUGGCCAGGACCAAAGUCUUUUAAUCCGUCAGCGGUUCCACUACCGUUGAGGCAGGGCUAUGUUGAUAAAAAAUAUAAAAUACCGCCAGGUAAGUUCGCCAACGCUGAACUGAUGAAGAUACCCAACUUUCUACAUCUAACGCCCCCGGUAAUCAAAAAGCAAUGUGAAGCUUUGAAACAAUUCUGUACCGCGUGGCCGGUGGGAUUGGAAACGGAAGCAAAAAUGAAACAACACUUUCCGGUUGAUUUCAUCUCAUCCGAUUAUUGCCAUGCAUUACCAACGAUUAGGAAUCCUUUAUCACGUAUCGUUACGAUUCAGUUGAAAUUAGAGACACUUAGGUUGAAUCAACACGCAAAAGAUAAGAUAUUAAGGUUAGUUGGGGAACGAUACAAUCCGGAGAGUGAUGUUUUGACCCUAGUUACGGACAGAUGUCCGCUGAAGAAACAAAACUACGAUUAUGCGAUGUAUCUCCUGACGGCACUGUAUCACGAAUCGAAUGUGGUAGAACCGUGGGAAGAAACUAAAUCGGAAGCUGAUAUGGAAUAUUACGCUUUCCAUCGCAAUCGAUCAAAGAAAAAUUCGGAAAGUAUUCUGAAUUGGGGAAAGUCAGACGGUGAAACGUUUUCAGAAGCUCCGGCAGAAUACGCAAGCUCGGUGGAACAACUUUUCAAUGAGGGUGAGAAUGAGUACAACAUCCAGAAGUAUAAGGAGCAAACGUUGAUGCUUCUGGGAAUUGCCAAAUAGUUGUUCACGUCAUUUACGCUUUAGUAAAUUAUAAGAAAUAAAAACAAUACUAAUUUGGU